AUGCGUGUCCAGACUCUCGUCUCUACCGCGGUGGUCGCCGCCGGCCUGCUGGCCGACAGCGCCUGCGCCAAGGGGAGCCACGUCCCCUUGCCUGCGAGUGUGCAGAAACGCUACGAAUCGCAUUUCCAGGCCAUGUCUGCAAAGCGCGAGGUCGAGCACUCACACCCCAAGGAUUUCCGAUUCCUUAACAAGAAGACCGAGGCCUACCGAGUCGAGGAGCUUCCUGAUGUUAACUUUGACAUUGGUGAGCUGUACUCGGGCUUGGUCCCAAUUGACAAGCACAACACGUCUCGCGAGCUGUUCUUCGUCUUCCAGCCCACCAUUGGUGCCCCAGUUGACGAGAUUACCAUUUGGCUGAAUGGCGGUCCCGGCUGCAGUUCUAUGGAAGCCUUCCUGCAGGAGAAUGGUCGCUUCAGCUGGCAGCCCGGCACUUUCGCCCCCAUUGAGAAUCCCUAUUCUUGGGUGAAUUUGACCAACAUGCUCUGGGUUGACCAGCCCAUCGGUACCGGAUUUUCCACCGGCACCCCAACCGCCUCUACGCAGGAAGAGACGGCCGAAGACUUUGUCAAGUUCUUCAAGAACUUUGAACAGCUCUUUGGCAUCAAGAAGUUCAAGAUCUAUGUCACUGGUGAAAGUUACGCAGGUCGCUACGUGCCUUACAUCUCCUCUGCAUUUAUCAACCAGAACGAUACGGAAUACUACGACUUGCACGGUGCCCUCGUGUACGACCCUGUCAUCGGCGCAUUUACUACGAUACAAGAGCAGCUGCCCACCUACCCCUUGAUUGAGGCGAACACCAACCUGUUCAACUUGAACAAGACCCAGAUGGCUACGCUAGAGAAGAUGCACAAAGACUGUGGCUACGAAGAGUACCUCGAGAAAUACCUGACUUUCCCUGCUGCGGGUGUCCAGCCCGUCCAGAAGGAGGCCAAUGCGAGCUGCGAUGUGCUUGACACUGCCCUCGAAUACGUGCUCCCGGUUAACCCAUGUUUCAACAUCUACGAAAUCAGUUCCACUUGCCCUGUUGCUUGGGAUGUCCUCGGUUUCCCCACCGUGCUAUCCUACGUCCCGGCUGGUGCGGAUAUCUACUUCGACCGUGCCGAUGUCAAGAAGGCUCUGCAUGCGCCCAACGUUACUUGGUCCGAAUGUGGAGAGGCCAACGUUUUCGUUGGCACUGGCGGACCCGAAGGAGAAGGCGAUCUCUCGCUCGACCCGAUUCAGCACGUCUUGCCUCAGGUCAUCGAACACACCAACCGCGUGCUAGUCAGCAAUGGUGACUUUGACAUGAUCAUCCAGACCAACGGUACUCUUUUGGCUCUUCAGAACAUGACAUGGCAUGGCAAACUCGGCUUCGAUGAGCGACCAAGCAAGCCGAUUGACAUCAAAAUUCCUGACCUCAUCUACCAGGAAGCAUUUGAAGACAGUGGGUAUGGCGGCCAGGACGGCCCUCAGGGAGUCAUGGGUGUCCAGCAUUUUGAGCGCGGACUGAUGUGGGCUCAGACCUACCAGUCCGGACACAUGCAACCUAUGUAUCAGCCGCGCGCAUCGUACAGGCACCUGCAGUGGCUGCUUGGACGCGUUGAUGAACUGUAA